AUGUGGAUCGAUACGUACCUUGGCCCCCCUGAUUUCAUUGUUACCGACGCCGGCAAGAACUUCACUAGCAAAGAAUUCUCACGAGACGCUUCGUCAAUGGAUAUAAUCGUUACUACCGUACCUGUCGAAGCCCAUUGGUCAAUUGGCGCUGUUGAACGAUACCAUGCCGUACUUCGCCGCUCGUACGAAAUCAUGAAAGAAGAACUGCCCGAUAUCUCCACCGAAGCAGCCUUACAAAUGGCUGUAAAAGCUGUCAAUGACACCGCAGGCCCAGAUGGCCUUGUGCCGACCCUUCUCGUCUUUGGUGCCUACCCACGAAUGACUGAAUAUGACCCCCCUGCACCUACGAUUACUCAACGCGCCGCCGCGGUCAAGAAAGCAAUGACUGAGAUUCGUAGGAUACGUGCUCAACGCCAGGUCACCGACGCUGUCAACACCAGAAACGGACCAUCGUCAACAGCCGUACACCGUCUUCCUCUCAAUUCGGACAUACUCGUAUGGAGAGAAGGGAACACCGGAUAUGCAGGAAAAUGGACCGGACCGUACAAAUUACUAGUAAUGAGCAACGAAACGUGCAUAAUCGAGCUUCCAAAUGGACCGACCCCAUUCCGGUCAACAGCUGUCAAACCGUACUACACUGAGAUCGACAAAACGAAAGACGAAGCCAGCCCCGAUAAGACCACUACUGAGGACCGCACCCCAGAUGAAGAAAACGAACCUAUACCGCAUGAAACAAUUCCUCCACCACCUGCGGUCGUGAUCCCACAAUACGAACCCGAAGCAAGCAGCUUACAGCGCCCCCAGCGAGAUCGCCGCUUACCUACACGGUACAGAGAAGAUUACAUGUAG